AACUACUUCAGUGGGCCAAUUCCAUCCUCCAUUGGUAGUCUUACUCAACUAACAGAGCUCUACCUUCAAAGCAACAAAUUUGAAGGUCUCAUACCUCCUAGUUUGGGAAACCUACAGCUCUUGGUUUUGAACCUUGGUUACAACAAUCUUCAAGGUUAACUGGGGAAAUUCCUGAUAGUUUGGGCCAUUGUCAAGAGCUACAAGAAAUAAAGAUUGACCAGAACCUUAUCACAGGAAACAUUCCAAUGUCAUUGGGCAAUAUGAAGAGUUUGAGCAUGAUCAAUCUUUCCCAUAUAAUAGCUUAUCAGGUGUCAUCCAUACACCUCUAGCCGAUCUCCAAUUUCUCACUCGGCUAGACUUAUCAUACAAUAAUCUCAAAGGAGAAAUACCAAUCAAUGGAGUAUUUGCAAAUGCAGCAGCUGUUUCACUCAACAGCAACUGGGGGAUUUGUGGAGGAGUGAAAGAUCUCCAUAUGCCUGUAUACUCUGCAGUUUCUUGGAGAAUAAAAUGGAGAGUGUAUUUGACAAUCUUACUAAUUAUGGUAUUUGGUUUCAUGCCAUGCGCAAUGCCAAUUUACUCUAUACUCCUUGUGAAGAAGAAAUCAAGAAGUCCAUACUUAAUGUUGCUUUCUUUUGGUAAGAAAUUUCCUAGAGUUUCUUACAAGGAUCUAGCUCAAGCUAUAGGGAAUUUUUUGGAGUCCAACCUUAUUGGGAGAGGAAGCUAUGGUUCAGUAUACAGAGGGAAAUUAACUAAAGCUAAAAUGGAAGUGGCUAUUAAGGUUUUUGACCUUGACAUGGGAUUUGCAGACUCAAGUUUUGUAUCAGAAUGUGAGGCCUUGAGAAUCGUUUGGCAUCGGAACCUUCUUCCCAUACUAACUGCAUGCUCAACAAUAGACAAUAGAGGUAAUGAUUUCAAGGCUCUAAUUUAUGAGUUCAUGCCCAAUGGGAAUUUGGAUACAUGGUUGCAUCAGAAAGGUGGUCCUGUAGUUCCAAAACUUUUGGGCUUAACUCAACGAAUAAGCAUAGCUGCUGAUGUAGCUGAUGCGUUGGCCUAUUUGCACCAUGACUGUAGAAGGCCUAUUGUCCACUGUGAUCUGAAACCGACUAAUAUCCUUCUUGAUGAUGAUAUGAAUGCCCAUAUAGGAGACUUCGGCAUUGCAAGCUAGUCGAUGAUUCCAGGACAACAGCUGUUGGGCAUUCAGGUUCCAAUAGUUCAGUUGUGGUGACAGGAACUAUAGGAUACAUCCCUCCAGAGUACGGUUAAACUGUUCAAGCAUCAACCUAUUGGGAUGUUUAUAGUUUUGGAAUAGUAGUUCUGGAGAUGAUCAUAGGAAACAGACCAACUGAUCCUCUGUUCGAUGGUGGGCUCAGCAUCGCCAGCUUUCUGGAGAGAAAUUUUCCAGAUCAGGUGUUACAUAUCAUUGAUCCUCAUCUCCAGGAAGAAUGCAAGGGCCUUAUUCAAGCAACGGCAGGAACUGAAAACGAUGUCUACCGAUGCGUGCUGUCUCUCGUGCAAGUUGCUCUUGCUUGAACGCGUCCAUUCCCAAGGGAAAGAAUGAACAUGAGAGAAGUAGCCAUUAACUUGCAUGCAAUCAGAAAAUCAUAUGUUGCAGCGAUCAAAUGAGAGCAAGCCAUGCUUUGCAAGAUCUCGUGUAACUAGCUUAGGCUGUCUUUGAUUCCAAUUUGUAUAAAGACGGCAAAUAAAGUAGGCACGAGUAGGGCUGGAAUUGAUGAAGAACCCUGCUAGAAAGCUAAUAUAAGGUGGACAUACAAGUCGUAUGUACUGCCAGGUCAUACUAAGAUUUAGUUUCUGAACAUUUGGAAAAAGGAUUUGGUAAAGCAUCAGUGAUUUUGAUGAAGUGCUUGUGUGACUGUAAUACCAGGUGAUUCAUUUGAGACACCUCAACAUGGCGAUUGUCACACACAGUCUGCAUACUAAAAUUCAUGGAACUGCGCUUCUAAUCUAGCUGCGAAUCUGCAACUAACCUGGCUAAAACUGCACUUCUAAUCUAGCUGCAAAUCUACAACCUGGCUAAAAUCAGCUCAGAUCCCUCAUCGAAAUCCCAAACUGGAAUUACAAUCAACCAAUCACUUCAAAGAGACAG